AUGAUGAUUCGCAUUCGCCCUCCUAGUGCUGGCGAAUCUAUUCUCUGUAUCGAUGGCGGCGGAGUCAGAGGAAUUAUUCCCUUGAUGAUGUUAAUUGGUGUUCAAGAAUCUCUCGACCUCCCAAUACCUGUUCAGGAACUCUUUACGAUGGCAUAUGGAACAAGCGUUGGGUGGUCCCUUAAGAAGUGUGCAACUGAGUUUGAGACAUUGGCCAAAGAUGCCUUUCAGCCGGAGUCAGUAGGUCUCCUUCGAUGGAUCAUGUCAUUCUUUACAGACUCCGUGUAUGAACCUCAAGGGAUUGAGAAAGCUUUGAUGAAGUUGCAUGGCAACAACAAGAUGACUGAUAUUUCCUAUGCCACCCAUAUUGGUGCCAAAGUUGGCGUGUUGGCUGCUACCACUGAAAACCCUUCUGUCUAUCUCUUCACCAAUUACAAUGGCGUGGGCAACCCAAGGAGCGGCUAUCAUGUCAUCAGAACGAGCGAGAAUGCAGAGUUAUGGGAAAUAUACUUCCCCCCCAAGCAUAUUCAAGGAAUUGGUAGUUUUCAGGAUGCCGGCAUAUUAAAGAAUAACCCAGUUGCCCUGGCGUUAUCGGAACAUUAUGCUCUUCACGGCGAUAGAAAGCCGGAUAUUGUGUUGAACCUCGGUACUGGUUCAACACCGAGCCCGGUGCCCCCGGGUCAGAAGUUGGGUCGAGCCAGGAACAAAUGGUGGCCGUACCGCGUGGUCAGAGACCUCCUCAGCACCAUGGAGGGAAGGAAAGAGUGGGCAAAUAUUUUUGGUGUCAUUCACAGCUCAAAUCGCAGGGACAGGUUCAAACGACUUGAUAUCAUCAUGGAUAAGCUUCCAGCGCUUGACGAUGUCAGCUCGAUACCGAUGCUGAGAUCCUUGGUUUACCUGGAGCCGGGCUUGCAAGAAGAAUUUGAUAGUAUGGCAAGCCGACUUUUCACCACGUUAUUUUAUUUUGAACUGGAGCAGCUUCCUAUCAAGUCAGGCAGCAAGUUUCAGGUGAGUGGCAACAUUUUAUGUUUGCGAACCACGUUCGACCCAGCGCUUCCGAAGAUUUUCAACCGGUUGAAGAACACGAAAAUUAUCGUAAAUGGAAAGCCAGUUCGAUUCAAACUCAACAAGGACUGGCAUGGGAAUAUUCACGGCGCUAUCUCGUUCCUUUCGGGCGAUGCAAUACAGAUUGAUAUGAAGGAGGAUGGCGCGAAACGGGCCUUUCCACUCAGCGGUACACCAUGUUCUUUGCAAAAAUUGGUCGCUGCAAGCGGUCUUGCGGACUACUUUGGGAAUCGGCCUCACAAACGGGGGGCGGUAAGGUACAUCGGUGAGCUGGGUAAGAGCGACUCUAACGACAAUGGACGGAAUCUUCGUAAAAGAGGAGCAGAGUGUGACAUCAAUGACAGGCCCUUGAAGAGAGCCAAGCAUUAA